UGAGAGCUUUGACAAGAUCCAGUUAUAAGCAGUUAUUAUAACAGUUUGCAGCAAUGGUAGCUGCCAGUUCGUACAACCAAUAAACCCCUCAGUUAAAAUCCAGCUCUUUAUAUCCCCCUUCUGCUAGAUCGGUAAAACUCUAAACUUGUCAGACCAGCUAGUUUAUGACUGGAAUCGCCCACAAUUGGACAGUGAAAUCUAAACUGACAGACCUUUGUUUUGGCACUCAGUCGAUCUCGCUUUGUAAACAACACCAAAUUUAAACCCUGUCCUGUCUUGUCCGGCAAAUUUACCCGUCCGGACCCGAACCUCUAUCUCAAAUCGCAACCCAAAACACAACAACUCGUCUAUCAAAACUUUCCAUUUCUGUUCGCUUGCCUCGUCAACAAACUUCAAACUUGAAGUGAGCCCAGCCAACUGGAUUUAGAAACAGUAAUUGACAGCUCAGUUGAGCAUACAACUUCAAGUUUCAUUCCAACAUUUGAACUACCACCAAAACCCGGAACACAAAUAUUCAGUCUCAAAGUUUGCCUGGGAGGAAAGUCAGUCCAAAAAGAUAGAAAACAGAAGAGUCUCGACAACAAAAGUCAACCUGUGGGAACAACAACCGACGCCGUAACAACAAUUGCCCGCAGAAGAACCAUCCUUGUUGGAAAGUGAAGCCACUUCCGGAAUGUUCAAUCUCGCAGCCGCAGCUCAAGUUGCCAGCCUCGCUUCUUCCCUCAGCUCCAGCCAUUCUCCCGGAUCCUCGGUGUUCUCCGGCACCCACCUUCCCCCGAGUGCAGCGGGACACUCGACCGGAUUCCACUCACCCCAUGCCAUGUUCCGCUUCUUCCCCGCCCCUCCACCGCCGCCCAGUGCCGCAUUCAUAACUGCGGCGUUUCCAGCUGCGUUUCAAACACGACAAA